AUGAAAUUCUUCCUCCAGCCGCAACGCAUGAUCCGGCCUGGACGCGUCGGCAAGAAUGAUGAGAACCUCCCUCCCGACAGUCAUGUCACUAAAACCAUCCACCAACGAAAUAAAUCUAGUCCUGCCCUGACAUCUUUGUCCGCGGCAGGACAGGGCCUGAAAGGCGCGGCGAAGCGCACUCCUUUUGGCGAUCUAAGCAACAUUGUCCCGGGCACCAGACCUAGCAAAGAUGACUCGACACUACAAACCAAGCCUAGCUUGCAACCCACCGUCAAGGCUGCCCACCCUCUAAACGGAAAGUCUGCUAUUACGCUGCUGAAGCCCGCACAGAGGCCAUCGGGCAUCAAAGCCAACCACAGUAACACAACAUCUGAAAGCUCCCUCCUCCAUCCCCCAGCCGACAACAAUGUGAUCCCUCCGCAGGCUGCCAAUUCGAGAAAGACCCUGACUAAGCGGCAAACGACGAUCUUCAAAGAUGAUAGCCGGCUGGGUGUAGUCCAAGAGACAGAAAUUACAUUACAAGAAUCAAACAAUGCCAAUGCCACUGAUGUGAAAGAAAAGGUCAUAGGGUAUUCCAAGCUCGAGAAUGAACCUCAGCCUUGUCUCCCUCCACCAGCGUCACGCCGUGUGAUUGACCCUGUCAAAGAAGUUCAAGAUCUCCAAUCCGACACCAGUUUGCCAGGCAUUGAUGAAGUCAAUCUAGGAUCUACGCUAUCCAGUGAGCCAAAUGUUAACGUUGAUAUAAAGGAAGUCGAAGCUUUUGCCGCAAAAGCGUCCGAUGUCCUUUCUUCACGGCCACCUGCGACCGACAAUGUGUCUUCUCAGCUUGCUCCGGUAUUAUCGAACUCAAAUGCUACUGCUGUGAAGGAGACAGAAGCACAACAGAUCCCAGUUGCAAAGCUAAUCAACCCUGUGGACGGUGUACCACCUUUGAGUCCCCAUCGUACAUACGUUCAGCGACCCGUGGAGCAAGAAGAGUAUUGGGACGAAGAAGACGAAGAGAACUAUGAAGAAGGGUAUGUCACAGCUAGAUCAUUUCGAUCUAGGGGGGAAAACACCACCAGCGGUACAACAGCUGUCCUGUUCCCACAGAUGAAUGCACGAGCUCGUAAAGAAAUCAAUGCUGCGAAGCAGUUAGUUGAGGCCACUCGUUCUCCAGAGGAUGUGGAAGACGAAAGCUAUGACACAAGCAUGGUCGCCGAGUAUGGAGACGAGAUCUUCGAGUACAUGAGACAACUGGAGUUGAAGAUGCUUCCCAACGCUCAUUACAUGGAUAAUCAACACGAAAUUCAGUGGUCCAUGCGCUCGGUUCUGAUGGACUGGCUUGUCCAAGUGCAUCUUCGAUUCAACCUGCUCCCGGAGACUCUGUUCCUCUGCGUCAACUACAUCGACCGAUUUCUGUCCUGCAAAGUUGUUUCUCUCGGCAAACUCCAGCUUGUUGGCGCCACCGCCAUUUUUAUUGCCGCCAAAUACGAAGAGAUCAAUUGCCCAUCUGUGCAGGAAAUUGUGUACAUGGUCGAUGGUGGGUAUAGCAUUGAUGAAAUUCUCAAAGCAGAGCGGUUCAUGCUUACCAUGCUUCAAUUCGAACUCGGUUGGCCUGGCCCUAUGAGCUUCCUGCGCCGAAUUAGCAAGGCUGAUGACUAUGAUCUCGAGACUCGAACUCUGGCCAAGUAUUUCCUUGAGGUGACGUUGAUGGAUGAGCGUUUCGUCGGGAGCCCUCCUAGCUUUACGGCUGCUGCCUCUCAUUGCCUGGCACGUAUCAUGCUCCGAAAAGGUACUUGGUCUACACAUCAUGUCUAUUACUCUGGCUAUACAUACUCCCAACUCAAACCGCUGAUCAAUUUGUUGCUUGAAUGCUGCGAUGACCCUAGAAAGCACCAUGGCGCAGUUUUCAACAAGUACCUCGACAAGCGCUACAAGAGAGCUUCAGUAUUUGUCGAGGCAGAGAUGCAGAGAGGCUUCCAAUUGCCAGAUCCGGCUGCCGCAGCAUUUUUACCUCAGUCAUCGACGGCAUACUUCCAUGAUAACGUUUGUUAUUUCCGCAUGUGA